AUGGCGACAACCAUGACUCCUCGCGACGUUGAGAGUGCGCCGCUCAUGCACACCAUGGAAGACAUUCCUGUUGAACUGUGGAAGCAGCGGGCGUACACAGCAGGUGACACGUUCAAAGUGAGCGUGCUCGUGCCCCCGACACCAGAAAUGGCAUGCUGGGCACGACUUUGUCAUUGCAUUAUCGCUCCAGAGAGUCUGACCUUCCAUUGCCUGGCAACUUGCAUUGGCAUCUGCAACGUGACUCCCCUAACAAACGUGACCGUUACCAGCCUUCAGUACCAGCUCUAUUUGAACUCCAUUUUCCACAGACUGGACGUGAGCUUCUAUGGACAUUCGAUCACCAUGCCCCUGGUGAACCUCUUCUUGAUGCUGAAGAUGAUCCAGGUGAGCAGUGGCGCCAUCCAGUAUGCGACGGUCUAUGCAGCACUGCUCAACGUAUGGUAUCUUGUUUGGGGCAUCAGCAACAAGAUAUGGUGGAUGGGUGUCGCAAGUAUACCCAUGCUGUGGGGUAUGUGGGCCUUGGCUCACGCAUAUCCUCCGGAUUUUUGGGGCUACAACUACGCAUUCACAAUGUCUGUUGUGAUGGCUCUCCUGCAAGCUGCAACGCACGUCGUGGAAGACUUACCCCCACGGGUCACAGGCUCCAUUUAUUGGAAGACGAAGCUUGAGUUCUAUUGCUACAAGGUCGACGGCUGUGGAGAGCUGCUUGAUAGGAUUGUCCGCAGCAUUUAUCAGAUGAUCUGCGGCACGCUCGACGAGUGGAUGGCGUCUCAGCGUCUACUCUGCUUGUUCUGGGGAAUAUGCCCGGUCUUCUGGCUGAUGAAGAAGUUGCCAUCUUGCCAGUCAGAAUCGUACAAGAUACUCAAAGCAUGGGAAGACAUGGCCAACGUUGCGCUGACUCCUCAGCCUCGCCAGUCGUUCCGUGUGGCGGCUUUUGCAAAAGACAUCGACGUUACAAAUCAGCUCAGUGCUUGUGGGCGCGCCUGUUAUCAGCCCUGGUGUCCUGAGUGUUUGGUGCGUCACGAUCCGAACACGAUUCCAAAUCCUGGGCUCGACUUCAUUGGCAUCGGUGGGGGGGCAUACCUAGACACACCUGACUACGAACAGGUGUCCUGUGGACAAAUGUGCGGCGGAUGUCUUCAUUGUGACCAAUCAAUGUUCACGUCUCAUCCCGAGUACUUUCGCAUCAAUGCGAAAUCCGCACAUGUCAACCAGUGCCGGCUGCAGCAGACAAGCUUUGCCGGCCAAGACGACCCUGAGACCCAUGACGUCCCAUGCUGUGGAUGUGCAGACAUAUCGUGCUUCUCCGCAUUUCUUGCCAUGGAGGUUGUUCACUACAUUCUGGGGUUGAUUGCGUGCAUCUUUUUUCCAGAUGUGGUUGCAUCAUCUGUCUUGCUGCGCGGGAUGAGAGACUCUCACGCGCUCCACUUCGUGAUCCGUGGGGUUUUGGGCCCAUGCCUUGCCAUGAUCCUGAUGUAUGUCCUCACUUUGAAGAUUGCGACCUUCGGGCAGCCCGACUGGAGAAAGAUUGGCAGCUGGCGGCUUCUGCCCAUGAUCCUCUUGUACAGCAGUCUUCUUGUGCUCUCAGCGAUAAGAAUUUUAAAGGUGCUGAAUCAACGAAUGUUGGGCUCUCUGGGUGGAGACAGCAAUCGGAAGAGCUUGGUGGCCAAAGUGCCACAGGGAGGGGGCAACGCACUCAUUUUCGUCCUGGACAGUGCUGACCAUGACAGGUUCUCGGGCGUUCUGGUUCCAGACAUGUCUCCACGCGGUCGAAUGGGACGAUCUCUGUCUCAAAUCGCCGAGUUUGGUCGCGCGUUCUGUUGUGAAGAUUUGCGUGAGCAUGCUGCAGUGCAUGACUUCGGUCCUGCACGAGUCUCGGCGAUGCUUCGGAAGAGCCUGGCAGGCUUCGCAAGAUUUCACAAGCUCUCCAGCUACAGGAUCCUAAGGCAAGGCGACCCCCUGGACUCGCAGUCCGCUUUCAACGGCCUCACUAGUUUCGACACUUAUGUUGGGAAUGACAGUGAAGUACACUCGGUGCAAGCCUUUCACUUGGUGGAAGUGAUCGUGCAGAAAGCUAAUGGCAAUUGCAGAGCGUCCACAACAGAUGCACUUCUCAAGCAGACAGGAUGCCCUGGUGCCGCCAAAGCGCUCCGCAUGGGAGGACUGGCAGCGCCAUGCAUCGGAUCGGUGGCAGAAGGCGCAGCUGGCAAAGUCCGUGCUGGGUGCACUUUGGACUCCGGCGGUGCUUUGGGGCAACACAAACUUCUCCCGCUGGCUUCCGGCCAUGGCAUUAUCGCAUUCCAUGCUGGUGAUUGCUGUCGCCUGGCACGCUUGGCGGCGAUUAGAGAGGCUUCAGCUGCCAGGUGCUCGGCCGGUGUCGCUGCUGCGCGACAAGCGGCGGUGGAGAACACCUCCCCUUGCAUGGCCCGGGUUCCCGGUGGGGAUCUUCAGUUCAGGCAUGUGGGAUGCCUCUUCUACCACUACCAGAGGAGGGUUAGCCCGCGCAGCCUGAGAUGCUUCAGGGGCUGGCUCUUGACUGUGGGCUUCAGUAUGGGCUCCAUCAGCCUUGCCUUGGAAUACGUCUACUCAGAGUGGAUCUUCCUUUGUCGAGGCGUCCGCAUCUCCCACUUCCUCUACACUCAGAUCGCCUACGUGGUGGACGACGAGCGGAAGACGAGCUGA